UUGUUUCACUAUUCUGCAGUUGUCCUGAUUGGUGAUUCGGGAGUGGGGAAAAGCAACCUCUUAUCACGCUUCACACGCAAUGAGUUUAACCUUGAAAGCAAGAGCACAAUUGGAGUGGAAUUUGCAACAAGAAGCAUCCAGGUGGAUGGGAAGACGAUUAAAGCCCAAAUCUGGGACACAGCUGGUCAGGAGAGAUAUCGAGCUAUCACAUCAGCAUAUUAUCGUGGCGCUGUAGGUGCGUUAUUGGUUUAUGAUAUUGCCAAACACCUAACAUACGAGAAUGUGGAGAGGUGGUUAAAGGAGCUGCGGGAUCAUGCGGACAAUAAUAUAGUCAUCAUGCUGGUGGGGAACAAAAGUGAUCUGCGUCACCUCCGAGCUGUGCCCACAGACGAGGCAAAGGCCUUUGCAGAGAAAAAUGGACUGUCAUUUAUCGAAACUUCAGCCUUGGACUCGACAAAUGUAGAAACUGCAUUCCAGACUAUUCUCACAGAAAUUUAUCGUAUUGUGUCUCAAAAGCAAAUAUCGGACAAGCGUGAAAAUGACAUGUCACCAAGUAAUAAUGUGGUCCCCAUUCACAUGCCUCCAACUACUGAAAACAAACCAAAGAUGCAGUGCUGUCAAAACAUCUGAACUGACUUCCUUCACCAUUCCCUGGGCCUCGGUAUAUUGUAUGUACGUCAUGCUUGCCGUUUGUUUUUUGUAAUUCAAACCUUGCUGAUUAAUGUGACAAUUAUCUUAAACAUGUUGCACUGUCUUUCUAAGCAAAUUACUGCAUUAAAUUAAUUUCAGCUUUGGAACAUUUUUAUAAUAUUCACAAGUAGUGUAAAAAUAAGUUUAUCAUGUAAAGUGAUGGGUUUUCUAAGUGGUGUUAGCAAAAGGGCAAAUUGAAUAAAACACCCAUAUAGCCUUACUAUCGUAGGUGCUUUACAAGAUUCACGUGCUGUUUAAGAAUAGGAAUGUUCAUGAAGUGUUAACCACACAGACGGCGUUUCUUUUCCACUCAAUCACUAAUUUGUCCUUCCAUUUCUUUCUGUCACGUUUCUUGGUAUUAAAUGUAAUUGUUGUUUUGUAAAUUACUCCUGUGUAUUUUAUGCAUGUACGAUUGUUUUCCAAAUUUUCAGUUUAUAACCGUUUAAAAUAUAUUCUGUGCAUUUAAAUCUUAAUUAAAAUGAAAUGUUGGGGAA